AUAAGGCAACAUUACAUGUUUAGAAUUUUAAAAUAAAUAUUUAAUAUGCUGACCGCUUGCCACUCCCACUGUGCCAACCUGUCAACGGGAACAAAGGUGAAUUCGGCGAAGGAAAAAAAGCGGGAACCACUGAUAACAAACGUCACGGCGUCGAGGGCAUCGAUUUUCCACGAACACCACCCACCGUGCACCGAAAUAAACAAAACAAACUACCCACAGGCACCACUUUCUUUUUCGCGCACAGCGUAGCACCUUUCUACCCACCGGAAACGGGGAUCCACGCUUGGAAGGACACGGUUAGCAGGGCACGUUAGUGUAAACAGUAACAGAAAGAAAAAACGGGCGUGCUGGCGAUCCCGAGUGGUGCUUCAUUUUGCUCGAGUACCAUUCAAACCCAUCUGGUAAGCGUGCGCGAUCAGCAAAAAGGUUCCGUGAGAGCGCGGUGAAGGAGAUACGGCAUUGGAUUCCUUAUUUGCCUGCCGCAGGUCCGUGCUUCCUUUGCCAUUGCCAUCCCAGUUGGCCACGCUCGGUCGGUCGCUGUAUUUUGUGUGCGUGUGUGCUUCGUGUCUACGUCAAAGUGCGCCUGUCGUCGUCGUCGUCGUCGUCGCUGGGCGGAUACCGCGCCGGGGACAUUCUUUCGCAUCGCACCCGUUGCGUAGUCGUUCAAGAUAGGUCAAACUAGAAGCAUGUCCAUGAACGAGGGCAUUGCAGUGGUCACGAAGGUGGUAUCGACCGGUGUGCGCCGUGCCCCGGAACCGGCCACGGUGCUAACGCGCGAAGAUCUUGACGCGGGCCCGGUCAGCUUGGACGAAAUCGAGCCGGGCCUGUGGCUGGGCAAUGCGUCCGCCGCGGCAGACGUCGGCACGCUGGAAAGGCACACCAUCCGGAGCAUCCUGUCGGUGGAUUCCGUGCCGCUGCCGGUCCACAUCACCGACCAUCCGAAUCUUCGCGUGCGCCACAUCCAGGCGGCCGACGUGCCCCGCGAAGACCUGAUACGGCACUUCGAGGACAGCAAUCGGUUCAUCGCGGACAGCCUGGCCGAGGGCCGCCACGUGCUGGUGCACUGCUACUUCGGCGUGAGCCGCAGUGCCACGAUUAUGAUUGCGUACAUCAUGCAAAAGUAUCGGCUCGGGUACGAGGCCGCCUUCCAGCGGGUGAAGGCGAAGCGGCGCUUCGUGAUGCCGAAUCCGGGCUUCGUCAAUCAGCUCAAGCUGUACGGGCGCAUGGCGUACCGGAUCGAUCGCACGAACGAGCGGUACAAACUGUUCCGCCUGCGGCUGGCGGGGGACAAUGUGCGGAAAGCGAAACGGCUGCCGACGGAAUGCAUGGACGUGGUGAAGCCGGACCCGGGCGUUACGCAGGAAUCGCCCGAACCGUACGUGUACCGGUGCCGCAAGUGUCGACGGGUGGUUGCGUCCCGGAGCAACCUGCUGCUGCACAAACCGAAAUCGGCCACGGUGGCACAGUCGCCGGCAAAGGUUGGCCGCGAACCGGAAGCUACACUCGAGGAGGAGGAAGGGGAGGAAGAGGAGCAAGAGGAGCAAGAAGGGACUGGUGGCGACGGUGCUGAGAGUGCCAGCAGACCGCACGGUGCUGAUGGGGAAAAUGUGGCAGACGGUACCAUGGCAACGGGAUCAUCAGCUGUGGACGGUGGCGGGGUGCACGAGCUGGGUGAAAAAGUGCGCCGCUGUUCGAUUAGCAGCGAGCAUAGCAACCGGUCGUCGGAGAAGGAUACGCCGAUGUGCAACAAAAUAUUCUUCAUCGAGCCGCUCGCCUGGAUGACGGACAUCUACCGCAACACGCAGGGCCGGCUGUACUGUCCGAAGUGUACGGUCAAGCUGGGCAGUUUCAACUGGGUGAUGGCCACCAAAUGUCCGUGCGGAGCAGAAAUAUUUCCUGCGUUUUAUCUUGUCCCCUCGAAAACGGAAUACUCGACCGUGGUUCAAAACGUGCAAGUGACGGUGUAAUUCAGUUUGGUCGAGCGCACCUUU